AUGGCAUCUGAAAAAGAGCUUGCACGCCUUGUUACAGCGGAUCCAGGCCUUCCACGCCCAAAUCCAACCCAAUCAUACUGGCAACAUAUUCCGCAUCGUCUUGCAAAUGUCCGAUCGGAGAACCUACCCAGCGAAAGAGACUAUGUGAUCAUUGGAUCUGGCAUCACAGGCCUUUCGGUCGCCAAGACGCUGUUAGAGAACCACCUGACUGCAACGGUUACUGUCUUGGAGGCUCGUACACUUUGUUCUGGAGCGACGGGACGUAAUGGCGGUCAGAUGGCUGCUAACGCAGGAGAAGAAUAUAUGCAUCUUGCCCAAGUUCAUGGUCCUGAGAUGGCUGGCAAGAUUGCAAGAUUUACACUCCGGAAUUUGAAGAAGAUGCAAGACCUGAUAGAGGAAUAUGAUGCUGUUGAGACCACUGAGAUGCAGAGGCUCGAGAAGUUGCGUGUUUUUAUGACGGAUGGCAAGUUUGAGGAUUUUAGGAAGAGUAUCGCUCGUCUGGAAGCGGAUCAUCCUUCCAUGAGAGGGAUUUAUAAGACUAUAAACGCUGAUACAGUGCUCGAAGAUUAUGGAAUCCAUGGGUCUUCUGGCGGUGCUUUGCUUCCAGCCGGUACAGUAUGGCCAUAUCGUCUGGUCACCAAAGUUUUCGAUGCUCUCUUGAAGAAAUACCCAGGUCGACUAACCAUCGAGGCCAACACGGCUGUCGAGUCUGUCGAACAUGAUGAGGAGAACUUGACACCCAUAACGACCGUCUAUCCUUAUACACUACACACGUCUCGAGGUCUAAUGAGAGCGACUAGCGUGGUAUAUUGCACAAACGGGUAUAGCGGGCAUCUCCUCCCAAGUUUACGAGGACGUAUUCAUCCGUUCAAGGGAACUAUGACAGUUCAAGAUCCGGGUACUUCACUCCCAAAUCAAGGCAAAUCCGUGUCGUGGGGAUUCCAUUAUCCACCCACAUUUGACCCAGAUACUAAACGUCACGGAUACGGAUUGUACUAUCUCGGUCAAAGUGCCAAGACGGGGUAUUUCUAUUUCGGAGGCGAGAAUACGCGCAUGGAUGAAGCUGUGUCAGCGGAUGAUAGUUUCGUUGCUUCGCAUUCCGUUUCUCAUCUGCAAUCGGUUCUCCCGCGGUUCUUUGGGAAGGAGGACGAGGCCUCUUGGAAGCUGGUUAGUUCAUGGAGUGGAAUUAUGGGGUUCUCGUCAGAUGGACUGCCAUUAGUAGGGCGGCUUUCUUCUGCGUUGACAGGUCGACGUGGGGAGGGAGAAUGGAUCGCGGCUGCUUUCAAUGGUUACGGGAUGGCAAAUUGUCUCUUGUGUGGAGAGGCAUUGGCUUUGAUGAUAUUGGGGGGGAAAGUAAAUGACUGGCUUCCCGGUGCCUAUGAGCUUGUUGAGGAGAGAUUGCGGAGCAUUCUUACUCCGCCAGAGGCCGUCAAGGCCUUGAGCUCGAAGCUGUGA